AUGGCGCUGAUGAUCAACACGUGUGAUGAGAAUGAGCUUCCAUUCAUCGAGUACAAGAAAUUGGGAAACCGGUCUGGGGCGUUGGCUCGCCUUUUACGGACAUAUCCUGGCGAUCAAACGCAUACUUCGUUGAGUCCUGAUGGUAAACUUCUAAUAAUUGUUAGAGACAACCCAGAGGCCAUGGAGAUUCCUGUUGUCAAUAGAAUAAUAGAUUUCGAAACCAACAUAGACAGCUUACCUCUCCACAACCCGUCUCUUCUCUCACAAGUUUCUGCAGUUUCAGGCCUCGGAAAGCUUCACCAAGUUUACAGUUUCUGGAAGUGGGGCGCUUUAAUACUCGCCCUUAUAGCUUCCUUCACCACCAUCGUCACAAAAAUCAAACUUUUAAUCCUUAGAUUACAAAAAUACCCCUAUUUAGCUCCACAAUUCCACCACCCUCUUCUUGACGACUCCGAUUACGAUUCAGAUACAGAUGUCGCCUCUUGUUCGUCCUCAGACGAUGAACAAGAAUAUGAUCUUAGCGAAGAUGAUGAAGACGACACUGCAGUUGAUCAAAAUGACUUCCGUGUAAGAGGUUCCGGUCAUGUUUAUACAGAUGAGCAAUGGCAAAACCGUAAUUUGGGUCUUAGACGACGUUGUAGGAGGAGCAUCGGAGACUUUUUUUCUUGGUCGGAGCUUACCGGUGGUAAGAGUGUUGUCAAGUUAUGGGACAAUCUAGGUUUAGGAUUAGGUUUGAAUGUUGAAGACGACGAUACGGGUAAUGUUUCGGGAAAUAUGUUGACGAUUUAUGAUAUGAAUAACGAACGAGAAAUCCGAAAUAUCGCUACUGAUUUUCACCGGAAACAUGAUAUUCCCGCUUUUGUUGCUACAUCGUCAGCAUGUCCGUCGGUGAUAUUCUCCGCGGCGGAGAAUGAAGGCGGAGGUGUGGCGUUGAGUGGUUGGGACAUGCGUAUCGGAUCUAAACUACCGGCGAUAUUGGCCGAGUGGAGACCAAAACUGGGGAAUAUCGUUGGAGGGGUCAAAGCCGGCGGCGUGGCGAAACUUUACGUGAGAGAUAACGUCAACAGCGCGUUAACUGUGGGUGAUAUGAGGAAAGUUAACUCGCCGUUAGAGGAUGUAACGGAGAAUGACGUGGACACGUGGUGGGAUGCUGACGCUGUUAUUGUAACGGAGGACUGUUUUCUGGAGUCAACUUGA